AUGUUGAUUGAACCUUUUGCCAUUAAAAGUAUUAACAAAGUUCAUAUUUACAUAUUAAUAAAUAUUUUAAUACAUAUAUAUGAUUUGGAUAACAAUUAUGGGAUUCCGUCCCAUGAGUCACAGACAAGCAUUGCAUGCAGUGAACGAUCUCAAUCAGCUAAUGUUUCUCCUUUGCCAGCUAAGCAAUCAAAGGAAGAAGUUGCUGCCCCACUAGCCAAGCUAGCGAGAGAAAAUUUUCAAGCUUGCCAUUUGAAGAAACCUUGUGAGGGAGAUGUUCAGCCUGACACACAGGGUAAUUCUUCUGGCAUGAUUGAAAAGACAAAGAGUAUAUCAUUGUCUGGCAAUCAUCAUGAAAAGGAAUCGCUGCCUGGAAAAGAUAUAAGAUUAACACUUCAAACUGGAACUGUUUCCAAUGAAGAUCCUUCUCAAUUUUCAAAAGGUGAACAGCCAAAUGAACCCAAACAUGCUGUCCAGGAACGAGCGCUGCCUAUUGUCGAUUUCAUUUGGAGGGGUAGUUUUAACAUAAGGAACACAGAGUAUGAGACGUUUGAUGGACUUUUAGCUCACCUAUCAGUUAAAGCAUGUCAAAAGGUUUAUGAGGAAGCAAGCUUGUUUCCAGCUUUGCUUCAACUGGAAAUGCUUCCAAAAUCUGACGUAUGGCCUAAGAGUUUCACCAUAUCAGAGCCCACUGACGAUAACAUCGCAUUGUAUUUUUUUCCAUCUGACACAAGAUGUGAAAAAGAGUUCGAUCAGUUGGUGGAGCAAAUGAUUGGUGAAGAACUUGCCCUACGAGCAAUUGUAACAAAUGCUGAGCUUUUGGUUUUCACUUCCACAGAACUACCCCUGCUAUACUGGAGAUUUCAGGGUAAGUACUACCUCUGGGGUGUUUUCAAAGCAAAGCGGGAUUCCAGUGGGAAUACUACAAUGUCAAAUGGGAGGAGCAAACCUGUUACUUGACUAACUCAUGUGAAUGGAUUGGCUGUUGUCAGAGAUGUCGUGAAUGCCAGAACAUGGGGGGCACAUAGUCAUUUUAGCCCUUUGAGCAACACUGCAAGCCUUCGGUCUUGAAGUGUCGGUACUCUUGUUGUUUUGAUGUGUUCCUCUCACUUGUGUGACCUAUUAUGCUCUUUAAUGCAUAUCUGGCGGAGGGAUGAAAUGUGACGAAGCAGCUUUCUUUUUAGAGCCAUCUUGUUGGGAGUUUUGCCCCAUUGAAGAACCAUAUGUGCAAUGAAAGCAACCUGAUUUAACAAUAGACUUCUGCUUAGCAGUUGAUUCGAGGACUAGUGAGCUUGAUAGAUCCACAUAUCAAGUAAGAGAUAUGUAGGGAUGACAAUAUCAAGUAAGAGAAGCUUUUACAUUCUCAUUGUUAACCGCCACCCACCAUUUUAGGAACUGGUCUUGUAUAUUUUGAAUGUAAAUGAAGGCUAUGUAAUACUAAACUAUCUUCAAUGUA